ACAGAAGCGUAGAAAGCAGCUCCUUCAGUGCCGCGUUGUGAGAGACUGGGCGCUGUGGCGGAGGCGGCUCCUCCUCACGGGAACAAAGAGGCGCGAAAGCGAGGACUGAGGGGGGAAAGGAGGGACUCCUUUCCUCGCUCCAACGGCCACUGCGGAGAUGAGAGAAGAGUGAAGAGGCAUGGAUAUAACAUGAGUCCUUUAACAAGUUCAGAAAGGAUAUGAAUUUUGUAAAAGCUUAUUCUUUGGUAAACUAGAUCAAAGAUGGAUGAGUCAGCCUUAUUGGAUCUGUUGGAGUGUCCUGUUUGUUUAGAACGCCUUGAUGCAUCUGCAAAAGUCUUGCCUUGUCAACAUACAUUUUGUAAACGGUGUCUGUUGGGCAUUGUAAGCUCCCGAAAUGAGCUUCGAUGUCCAGAAUGCAGGACGUUAGUAGACUGCAGUGUUGAGGAACUUCCCAGUAAUAUUUUGCUGGUUCGACUACUGGAUGGCAUCAAGCAGAGGCCUCGGAAACCUGGUGGUUUGGUGAGUUGCACAAAUUCAUUAAGGGCCCAGACAAGCAUUAUUGCUAAUUGCAUUCCAAAAGACCUCCAGAGUUCUCAAAGUGGCCAACAGCAGAGAGUACAAGCACGGAGUCCUCCUGUUAGGGGUGUACCUCAGUUACCGUGUGCCAAAGCAUUAUAUAACUAUGAGGGGAAAGAGCCUGGAGAUCUUAAAUUUAGCAAAGGAGACAUCAUCAUAUUACGUCGGCAAGUUGAUGAAAAUUGGUAUCAUGGAGAAGUUAAUGGUGUCCAUGGAUUUUUUCCGACCAAUUUUGUCCAGAUUAUUAAACCUUUACCUCAACCUCCACCUCAGUGCAAAGCACUUUAUGACUUUGAAGUUAAAGACAAGGAAGCAGACAAGGAUUGUUUACCCUUCUCCAAGGAUGAUAUUCUGACUGUGAUUCGUCGAGUAGAUGAAAAUUGGGCUGAAGGAAUGUUGGCUGACAAAAUAGGAAUAUUCCCUAUUUCAUAUGUUGAGUUUAACACAACAGCAAAGCAGCUGAUAGAACUGGACAAACCCUCAGGUUCUGCAGUAGACUCUGGAGAAGGCACCUCUGGUGCAUCCCACAGCAAUUCAGUUCAAAAGCACACUGAUACCAAGAAGAACACCAAAAAACGGCACUCCUUUACCUCUCUUACCAUGUCCAAUAAGGCCUCGCAAUCUUCUCAGAAUCGUCACUCAAUGGAAAUCAGUCCUCCUGUCCUCAUCAGCUCCAGUAAUCCCACGGCUGCAGCCCGCAUAAGUGAACUUACAGGCCUUUCCUGCAGUGCACCGUCUCAGGUUCAUAUCAGUACCACUGGGCUAAUUGUGACCCCACCACCCAGCAGUCCAGUAACAACAGGACCUUCAUUUAGUUUUCCACCUGAAGUUACCUACCAAGCUGCUCUUAGUAGUAUGAAUCCCCCUCUACCACCACCACCACUCUUGUCUGCUACAAUAAUUGCCCCAACUUCUACUGGACUGCCUUCAGGAGUUACUCAAAAAUCUGCAUCAGGAUCGACUGAACAAAUAGCACAUUUGCGACAGACAAGGCCAAGUGUGUACAUUGCUAUUUAUCCAUACACUCCUAGAAAAGAAGAUGAACUGGAAUUGAGAAAAGGCGAGAUGUUCUUGGUGUUUGAACGUUGUCAGGAUGGCUGGUUCAAAGGAACUUCCAUGCAUACCAGCAAAAUUGGCGUGUUUCCUGGCAAUUAUGUGGCACCAGUUACGAGGGCAGUGACUAGUGCCUCCCAAGCAAAAGUCCCUGUAUCUAUUGCUGGUCAGACAGGACGGGUGGUGACCAUGGUCAAUGCUUCUACUGCUGGAGGAACAUUGCAGAAACUUCAGGGAAAUGGUGUGACAAUGAACUCCAGUGCAGUACCAACAGCUGUGGUCUCUGCAGCACACAUACAAACAAGUCCCCAGACCAAGGUUCUUAUGCACAUGACAGGCCAAAUGACAGUCAACCAGGCUCGCAAUGCAGUUAGGACAGUUGCAAUACACAGCCAAGAAAGACCUACAGCCACCGUGACACCAAUUCAGGCUCAAAGCUCAGCAUGCCUUAUUCCUGCUGCCGUAAUUAUUCCACACCAUUCUGUUGCCUCCCAACAGCUCCAACCUCAGCUUUCAAAUGCUGCUGCUUACAUCACAGCUGUGAAUAUCAACCGGACAAAUGUCCCGUUGGCUUGUUCAGCAGCUUCUUUAAACUCUCCUGGCACUUCUGCAUCUCUGGAUGGAGAUGCAAAUGGGAGAAUUGUGACUGUUCACACUGGAACUCCAGCUUCCCCAGAGAAUACAUUGGCAGCUGGAGGGGUUACUACUGUCAGUAAACCAGAUAGAGAUGGCAAGAAAGAAAAAAAGGGUUUGCUGAAGUUACUUUCAGGAGCAUCUACCAAGCGCAAACCUCGAACAUCACCACCAUCAUCACCAACUCUGGAAGUUGAGCAGGCAGGUGCAGAGCUGGGCCUACAAGGUGCUGUAGGGCCAGAGGUCCCUUCGACUUCCAAUCAUGGAAGAGCUGAAUCCUGCUCCAUGGACAAUGAAUCAUCUCCAUCAGUGCAGGAGAAUACUUAUCGGAAAGCAAGUUCUUUGGAUUCUAGUAUUCCUAUAGCUCCCCCUCCACGGCAGCCCUGCUCUUCAUUGGCCCCAUUGCUGAAUGAAUCUAGGCCUGUAGUUUGUGAACGAUACAGGGUUGUGGUAUCCUAUCCUCCUCAGAGCGAAGCUGAGCUUGAACUUAAAGAAGGAGAUGUUGUCUUCGUACACAAAAAGCGUGAAGAUGGCUGGUUCAAAGGCACAUUGCAACGAAAUGGAAAAACUGGACUUUUCCCUGGCAGCUUUGUGGAAAGUAUCUAAGAAGAUACUUCCAAAUGUUUCAAAUCACACAGCACUAUAAAAUAGCACAAAUAUUUUACAAGAGAGAAUGCAGACAUGGGAGACUUUUUAAAUGAUGUAAUAUAAACAAAGUUAUAUUUAUGUUUUCCAGUAUCACACAGCACAAUUCUGCCAGCAAAGAAAAAUGAUGAGAUAUUUGCUGGGAUUUUUUUUUUAUCAUUUUGAAUUUUUAAGUGUAAUGUGUGCCUUGUAAUGUCUGAUUUAUUCUACAGAGGAACUUUUUUUCCAAAUAUAUAACACAAAAGAGCAAUUGUUUACAAGGCUGUAACUAAUUUAUUAUUGGUUUUCUAAACUUGAAUUCUGUUUAAUAGCUAAAGCUUGGUGAUUAUGAUUAACAAGUUAUUAAUUUAUGAAAUAAGGUAAGGAGAAGCUGGAUUCUCUCCUUAUACAAAGGCAUAGUGUCUGACAGAUGGCUUUCUCCCACUGUGUGUGACAGUAAAGUGAGUUUGUUUUAUAGGUUAAUGUUGGCUGUAAUGAUGGUGAUGUGGUGUCAAACUGAACCAUGCAAACUGGGAUAAAAUGGUACUGUGGGUUUUUCUUAUUUUGGGUGAGAAACUAUCUGUCAGUAGCAAUUCUAAAUGUCCCAGACAGUGUAACAUUUCUGAAAGGCAUAUAACUGUGCAGCAGAGUUAAACCUUAACAUUCUCAAAGUGAGAAUGAAAGAAUGGAGAAGAUGCCAGAAAUGGGGAAAUCAGCUUCCUCUAGCUUCUGUUUGUUCAAGUGUUUUGGAUAUCUGUCAAGAUUUAGUUUUGCAGAUUUGGCUAGUUCUUUAGGCACAUGGCACUCAUAGGAUAUAAAUGAGAUUUUAAAAAAUGUUAAUCACAAAACACUCCAUGAAAUGGGAAAUAGUAUUAAUGAUUAGCUGCAAGUAUUGAUAGGUUUCAAAAUUUAAAUUCAAGUUGCACUCACUGUCUAAAUAUGCCAAGAAAUGUUGUUUGCUUCUUUUAGUUUUCAAAGUUAUUUGCAUGGCUGAGAGACAAUUUUACAGUGUUUGAGCAAUAGUGGUGGUAAGUGAUGAACUUGUGUUUUUAAAGUAAAGGCUGUAAGAACACUGUGAAACUUUUGCUAAUUUUGUAACUAUUGCUACUUUCAUAUGUCUUAACUUCUCAUUGUCUUGCAUGUAUUACAAAUUCUCACGGGCAUACAAAACAGUGCAUGAUUUAUAGAUUACAUUCCAGAGUCCUGUUGUGGAUUACCUGGGUGUAAAAUCAACCAGUUAUCUGCUAGUACAGAAGCCACUGACCAAGACUAGUGAGUGAUUAGGUCUUAAUUAUGUAAAGAGUACUCUGAAUCUUCAACAUCAUUCCAGCCAUGGAUAUUUAGAAGCAUAAGAAAUUUGGGGAGCAUAUCCUUCACAUAAUUUCAGGGGUGGAAGAACAUUUUCCCCCUUGAUUUCCUCCCUUUCUACCUUUGCACUCUUCCUUAUUAACUUCUUUAUAAUGCCGCAUGGGGGUUGCACACUGCCAUAUCACUCCUUUUUCUGUCCUCCGCAUGGAAGGACUCGUUGGGAGACAUUUUUCAACACAGAGAGGAGAGAAUAUUGCAGCGGUGGCAAUGUUCAGCAGCCUCCUUUCCAGCAUGUUGAUCUUGGCCUUGGGUAUCUGAAGAUAAAAACUCCCAAGUCCCAAGUAGAGGAAGGCGAGCUGGUGUUCUAAUUCAAUUUGAGACUCUUGUUAUACCUCAUUUCAGAUAAACUAUAAAGCCCUGGUUGGAAGUUCUUCUUUUUUUUUUUUUUUACUGUCCAUCUGUUGUGGGGGAAAGCAGUGGCCUAAAGUUUCCACUCCCUACUAGCCUCCAACCACUACUCCCCCUCCUCCUCUCCAUGGUAACUAAAGGGAGAGAAGCACAUUAACCAGCUAGAUUAAAGAAGUGGGCAAUUUAUGGCCCUACAGAUGUUUUGACAUUCAACUCCCAGUGUCCAUCACCAUUGACUGUGCUCACUAGGGCUGAUGGGAGUUGUAGGCCAAAACCAUCUGGAGAGUCACAAGUUGCCCACACCUGAGCUGUGAAAAGAACUCCUUUUUUUCACUUGCACAGUCCUCUAGCUCCCUUUCCUAGCUGAAAGGCAUAGAAACACAGGAGAUUUUCUUUCAAAUCCACCCCCACCCUUUUGAAGCAGCUUCCUAGCUGGCAAAGGCAAUAGAAUUGCAUGGGGGAGACACACUCAUCACCUCUGGGUACAUUUGUCUUUGCCUCUGAUCGCUACCGGCAGUAUCAAGUAACAUGGUUGGGGUCUCAGAUGAUGUGAAUCACCUCAUCUGAGGUGAUUCACCUGAACUGCCAGUUGCUAAUCCCUAAAUGAAUCCUGUAAGGAAAAUAAGUUGGCACUGGUGACCCACAGUAUAUGUACAAGGUUGUCUGUAUACCAUUGCUUGAUUAUAGCAAUCUUGCUACGCUCAGCUCAGUCUGCUCCUACAUGAGGUUUAGCUAAGUGUUACCACCUUUUAUUCUGAUAGGGCUCCUGUUUCAUUAAGUGUGUGACAGGUAGAAAUUCAAUGGGUUCAGAUUACCUUGGCAAAAAUAUGCUGUCAUAGGGAAAGCUUCAGCUGUUGAAUGUCUUGCCUAUCAUGCAGCUGCAAAAGACAAAGAACUCAGUUAUGAAGAAAAGUGGGUGACCUUAAGCUCAGCACCUUCUUCCUGUUUUCAGAACUGAUGGGACUGGAAUGCUCUUAUUGUUUUCCAGAAAGGAACUUGCAGCAUAAUAUGAAUUAAAGGUGAUAUAUGCAAUAUAAUAGAGAGAAAACAUAAAUGAGAUUAAUGAUUUUCUGAUGUAAAAACACAACUGCAUUUUGUUUUGUUUUACUUCACAAAUGGUGAGGAAAUAACUUCUAGCUGAAGGAGUAGCUUGCAAUAUCAAGUAGUUUCAUAAUGGUCUUAAUAUAAAGUAUCUUGUUAAAACUGAAAUCAUUCCUAAAUUAACACCUGUAUGAGACACUGUACCACUCAAUUCUUGUGGAAUUUAAAAAGAUUAGUUUACUUGAAUGUUCAUAUGAUUACAAGCUAUUUGAAAUGAACUUUAGUUAGAAAAAAUGCUGGCAUCACUUUUCAUCAGCAUAAAUUGGCAUUAAUGUGUCAACCUUAUUUUCACAUAUUAGUGUUUUUUAUAUAUUAAAGACUACUACAGAGAAUGUUUUCUCUUCUCCAUAAAGUAGAAUACUUGUGCGACACAGGUACCUCUAUUCAUAGGGUUUUAUUAUGUAAAGUUUAUCAAAAUAUAAAUUAAUACAAUAGUGUUGUUAGAUAUAAUACAUUUUCUAAUGACUUUUUUAAAAAAAGAAAUCACGUUUAGUUUUAAGGGCUUGAUACACAACGGUACAACAAUAUCAACAAUUGCAGUUUUCCAUGCCUUGUGACCUUUAUAAAAUUGUGGGAGUUGGGUUGGGUUUUUUUGGCUUGUGUGUAAUCCAGUGUAAGAACAAAACAAACCCUUUACAUUCAUUUUGGGUAUUUCCUUAAAAAAAUUCUGUGGGAAAUUUUAAUGUCUAUAUUUCAGCUCCAGUGAAUGUUACAUGUUUUUCUCUGUUAAAUUUCCAUUCCUAAUAAAUAUUUUCUUA